GACGUGGGAUAUAAUAAACCCGUUGACCAAUCACAGGCUGCAGCUGGAUCGAGGGAGGCUCCACGAAUCUGAAAAGCUGUCAUACAUGACAUGACAUGCUGCUGAAGAACACAUGCCCACAUACACAUGGGUACUCACACACAGUGACUUCCACUUUUGUCGCAACUUAACUUCCCACUGCAUUUUGGAGGUGAGCUGUUUUUUCCAAGUCAGAACCAUCAGACGGGACGUUUGAGGACACAGUGAAGCUUUUAUUCUAAUUACAGCUUUCCUACAACAUGCUCCUCCUGACUGCCACCCUCGUGUUUCCUUUAAUUGGUUCGAUCUACGGCACUCAGUUUAAAGCAACUCUAAACAUGGCAGGAGUCACCGGACAGGUGCAGUUUGACUCCACAUCCCAGACUGCCGCUGUUGCAGUUUCUGGUGCUGGAUCCUGUGGUCUAGUGGAACUGUUCCUCAGUGAGUUCCCCGUCAUGUAUGGCCAUUUUCCUGAACCUUGUUCGGAAGCAAAUAUCGGUCCCAAGGUUUUUUCCUUCACAGCAGAUCCCGCCUCAUCGUCCACCGUCAAUGUGUCACACCUCUUUGAACGAAGACCAAACCUGGACGACUUUACUUUGUCCUUGAAGACGUGUGACGAGAUCAUGGUUUGUACAGUGGUAGGUCAAGGCAGAUCAUCCUUGACUUUUCAGGCUAGAUUCACUGGUCCAAUUGCCGGUAAUGUUUACAUUCGAACAAACUCUGAACAAAGUAACGUCAGGCUUCUAGCAGACCUGGUCACAAUCGGUCAAGUAAAUGCCACUAACACCAGUAUCACUCUUCUGGGAUCUACAAGCACCGCUGCAAACUGUGAUGUUCUGCUUGGAAGCUUGAAGGCUAGCACUUUGUCAAGUUUGGGAAAGGUCAAAGUCGGAACACCUCUGGAUCUUAAGAAAUCCCGUCUGGACAACUGGGAAAACUGGAGUCUUCGAUUUCUUCUUUACCACGCGGGCUCAAGUUACAAGUGUGCUCGCGUUUAUAAUGUCCCUGGUAAACAGGUGACUGCUGUUAUUAAUAUGAAGGGGAUUAAAGGGUAUUUUACCUUUAAACAAGCUUCAUGUUUUGAUGCAACAGAGAUGAGAGUUAACCUCACCAACCUGCAGGGCAGAGUCGGUCCAUAUCACGUCCACCUCUAUCCGGUCCCUUCAGUCAGAACAAGCAACAAAGAAAGUUUAUGCUCCAAUGAAAAUGUUGGUGGACAUUGGAAUCCCUUUAAAAUCAAGACUGCGGACCCGACAUAUCCUAAAGGUCCUGGGUCAACACAUGACAAGUACGAGGUUGGAGAUCUGAGUACGAGGCACGUGUCCCUCACAGAUAUGAAUGACACUGACGUAAUGUUUACGGAUUUCAACCUUCCUCUGUUUGGACAAAACAGUAUUGUCGGUCGCUCAGUUGUUAUACACCAAACAGACGGUUCCAGGUAUGUUUGCUCUAGCAUCAGUUAUCCUGGCAAAGUAGUUGUCGGCAGAGCCAGGUUUCAGAGUCAUGUGGUUGGUGAGAUCUGGUUCACCCAACUGGAAAACAACCCUUUGUCCGAUGUAUCCAUCUUCAUGGAUCUGGCUUAUGGAAGUCCGACAACCAGCCCCACCAUUAACCACCACUGGCAUAUUCACCACUACCCUAUAAGCUCAGAGAGAGAUGAUGACGAGAGGCGCUGCAGCACAACAGAAGCCCACUGGAACCCCUUCCACAUCGACACAGAAGACAGCAGCUAUUUGCUACACUGUGGCCCAGCCAGACCUCUCUCCUGUGAGAGUGGAGACCUGUCCAGCAAGCACAGAACCAUCGACCUCACCACCCAAGUUGGUUCAGUGCACGCCAAAAGCUUCUUCACCGAUGUCACUUCCUGGUUGCAGGAUGCAGGCGUUAUUGGUCGUUCUGUGGUCAUUCAUCAAGCCAACAGAGGAGGACCAAGAAUCGCUUGUGCAAAUGUCACCAUGGUGCGAGAGCACAAAGCCAGACUGGGUAACUGGUUUGGUCCUGGACUGUCCGGAGGUCAAAUGCGGCUCGUUCAAGGUGCCGUGCAAGGACCCACGACUAUCAACGUGUCUUUGAUGAACCUCGACUCUCUGGCGGGGGGUUACCACGUUCACCUGCUGCCCAUCAAACCUGGCAGCGUGGAGCCCUGCUCUGAUGCAAACAUCAUGGGUCAUUUCAACCCAUUAGGCUGGAACAUAUCGGAUUCUCCCGCACCAGGAACUGGCACAAUGGACCAGUAUGAAAUCGGAGACAUCAGUGGGAAGUUUGGAAUGCUGAAUGGUCUCAGCCUACUUGAAGCUCUGCACUUGGAUCCUGAUAUUCAAUUAACUGGACCCCACAGCAUUGCGGGAAGGUCCCUGGUGGUUCACUAUGCCAAUGGCUCGAGAAUGAGGUGUGCUGACAUUUUAGCUGAAAGACAUACUGAAGGACAAUGGAUUGUUGCCAAGGCAUUAUUCAACAGCACAGUUACUGGGGCAGUACAACUGCGUCAGCAGGUGUUUCCCGACGGGAGUAGUAAUGAUGUCACACUUCUGGUGACGCUGAAAUCAUCUGAACGGAAUACUCCUUCACUGUCACUGUUUAUCUUCAAUGGCCAAUGCAGCAACUUGAGAGAUGUUCAUAAUCCCUUCAACAUGACAUCAGGAGACUCCAGGUGUUCAUUAGUUCACCCUCUGAGCUGUGUGCUAGGGGAAAUAUCCACCAGGCACGGUCCAGUCAGUCUAACCCACGGUCAGCUGUUCACUGACAGUAUCAUCCAGCUGUCUGGAGACAACACUGUGGUCCACAAAUGUUUGGUGCUGAAAAAUGGAGAUAGCGUCACAGCGUGUGCCAACAUUCUGCCAGAAUCCCCAACGGCAGAGCAGAAAUUUCCUACUCGGACAGAUUUCAGCAGAUACGAUUUCCGUAGAAGAGUUGCAAGUGUCCUGCAGAUGGACGUUGCGAGAGUCACCAUCUUGCCCGACUCUCCGUCCUCUGUAGCAGAUGGAAGGUGUCAAGAGGUCAACUUCAUGAUAUGUGGAACUGUCAGCCCCGAACUCCUGGAGUCGGUGAAAACCAGCGAGAAGAUGGGUAUUUACAGAGAGUCUGACAAGUGUGCAACAAGUGCAGUUCUCCGUGCGCUGCCAGAAGUUUUUCUAUUCGGCCUGAUGUUUGCUGUCGCCUGCCUGCUGCCGUCUUCAGUUUAUUCAUAGCUCAGGGCUUGAGGACUCAGCCCAGCAUCAGAGUGAAUGUGUGAGUCAUCAAUGAUGUAGAAAUCUGAAUAAAUGUUUGUGAGUUGCAAUCAAACAAGUGGUGAAAAGUUUCUACUACAGAAGGUUUUAACAUAAAGUACGUGUAUCAGUGGGACAUGCUUCUCUCUCCAUAGUUCCAUACCAGGAAAUCUACAAAUUAAAUGUUACUGUGUAAAUUUAAGAUACAAAAUAAACUGCAAAGUUUAUAUGUAAUGAUUGUGUUUCUAAUGCUUGCUUUUAAUUUCAAACAAAAAAUAAAUCAUUGUUUUCAUUUCAGUUAGUUUGUUUUUCUUGUUUUCAUUGAAAUAUAUAUAUUAUAAUAUAUUUUCUUUACCGUAACAUCUGUUGGAUCUGUUGUGAGGUCCUCUGAAAAUACAACUCUUCUCUGAACACAUUUUUCACUAACAUUCAAAUUGCGUAUUGACUUAUGUGGAUAUUUAUAUCAUAUCAUUUGGUCACAGCUGUUAAUGUGUGAGUGGUACGUCUUUGUACUUUACAACUAGUGUGAAGACUAGUUAGUGCCACUGACUCCACUGUUUUCACUGAACCCUAUGUGUUGUCUCAUGUUUUAACUACAUGUGACCUGUAGCCGUCAGUGCAGGGAGUGUAGCAGACCUUCAUACAGACUAACAGUAAUCUCAUUUAGAUAAAUUAGCCAGUGCAGUCGUGACUAAUUAAAUCUAGGAAUAAUAUAGUUAUAUGUAAUGAGGGAUUAGUAUUUUCCCUUUCCUUAUUUUUAAUUUUCCACUGAAUGUCAAUGUUGUCACAGUUAUAAUAUUGUUAAUUGUGUUCCAGGGACAUAAAUCAUUUGUUUGCAAUAUGUGAGUUAAAUUACAUGUGUGUAACUGUUUUUGCUGUAUUCAGGAGGUAGGUGUUACAUGAUUCCGUAUGUCAAUUCUCCAAUAUGGUUAUGGUGUUAUUUCGCAGCAUUGUAUAGUUCUGUAUGGUCAUUCCCUUUGUUUAUAUUCAUUCUUUUUGAUUAUAUUAUAGUAUUUGUUGGGUGUAAUUAUUUGUUUUUCACAAAAUAUAACAAUUGUAUGAUUGUUUUAUCUGUAAAUACUUUGUCAAUAUAAUAAGGUUCUGUAAUAUAGCAAUGUUGGCACAUCCAUAAUAUGGUCUUCUAUGAAUAGUGUUGCUGUUUGUGUCCUUUUGUUUAAUCGUGUAAAAGCGUCUUAACUGUAUGAUAUGAUUCCAUAUGAAUAUAUUAUUUUAAUAUUGUUAUGAAUUGGGCAUUAUUAUGCUUUUGUAUAGUAUAUUAUCAGUAAAAUAUAAUUCUUUAUAACAAUUUGGUCUGUAUUCUAUUCCUACCCUGGUAAUACACGAUGAUGAUGCAUGACAAGUAUAACGUACAUAAGUGGUUCUGUAUGAAAUGGUUAUGUUAUUUUGUUUUUUGCACCGUAUUUUAACGUUAUAUACUUGAAUCUGUAUAUUACAGAU